AUGGCAACUGAACGCGAGAGCAAGACUUUCCUCGCGCGGCUCUGCGAGCAGGCCGAGCGCUACGAUGAGAUGGUCACGUACAUGAAGGAAGUUGCUAAGAUCGGCGGCGAGUUGACCGUGGACGAGCGCAACCUUCUCUCCGUGGCCUACAAGAACGUCGUUGGCACGAGACGUGCGUCGUGGCGCAUAAUCUCCUCGAUCGAGCAGAAGGAGGAGUCCAAGGGCUCCGAGAAGCACGUCGGUACUAUCCGUGACUACCGCCAGAAGAUCGAGACCGAGCUCGAGAAGGUCUGCCAGGAUGUCCUCAACGUGCUCGAUGAGUCUCUCAUCCCCAAGGCCGAAUCUGGCGAGAGCAAGGUCUUCUACCACAAGAUGAAGGGCGACUACCACCGUUAUCUAGCCGAGUUCGCCUCUGGCGAGAAGCGCAAGGUUGCUGCCACCGCCGCACACGAGGCGUACAAGACUGCCACCGAUGUCGCCCAGACCGAGCUCACCCCCACCCACCCCAUCCGCCUCGGUCUCGCGCUGAACUUCUCCGUCUUCUACUACGAGAUCCUCAACUCGCCUGAUCGCGCUUGCCAUCUUGCCAAGCAGGCCUUCGAUGAUGCUAUCGCCGAGCUCGACUCAUUGUCCGAGGAGUCCUACCGGGACAGCACGCUCAUCAUGCAGUUGCUCCGUGACAACCUCACCCUCUGGACGUCGUCGGAUGGCGCCGAAGCUGAGCCCACGAGCGAGGCCCCCAAGGAGGAGAAGGCUGCUGAGCCAAAGGAGGCUCCCGCUGCUGCCCCCGAGACGACUGAGGAACAACCGCCUGCUCCGGCCGCUGCUUAG